UCAGAUAUUGUACAAUCUUUCAAUAUAUUUAACAGCGUGUCUUGGCCAGACAAAGCACACGUCCUCAACUUUGGAUUGACUGAAUUGCACACAAUUGCAAAACAUGUUGAUAAUCAGUUUGAAGACAAAAUAGACCUGUUUAGAAGCAGAGAUGGCUGACCUAAAACUCUCCAUUGAAAAUGGACUCUCGGUUAAUGAGUUAAUGAGACUGAAAAGAUUGAAUCAGCAGAAGAAAGAUUCCACAACAUACUCCCUCUGGUCAAUUUCUGUGCCAUGCUUCCCCCAACAACCAAACUCAUGUGAACGUGGC